UUUUUUCAGGUUGGCAUGGGUUUCAGGUGAUAAACAAAACUUUUACGGUUCAUUGCCUUUCCCUUCGGCGCAUUUUCCGUCUUCUGUGUUACUGAACAUAUGUUUGUUUAGCGAUUAAGAUGUAACUUUAAAAUGCGUCACUCGCUGGGCGCCUGUAGCAACGUGAAGCUAGCUCACAUUAGCCUUCAGCGCUAACGGUGCUGCUGCCUUUUGGGAAAUGCUCACGAGUUUAUUUGAAGAAAAUGAAGGGAAAAGUGUCCAAACUAAGACUGAGCCCCAACGAAGAAGCUCGGAUAAUACGAGAGGACUACGAAAGGAGGAGAAAACUGCGAAUACAGCAGGUACGGGAGCAGCAGCGGCACAUUGCACAGCAGAUGCGCCAAAAUGUCGAGCAGAGGCGGCAGCAUGAACUGAAACAGCUGGAGGAUGAGCUGAGGCUGGAGUGGGAGCGACAGCAGAGAGAGAAACUCCAUAAACUGCAGACAUUAUAUCAAGAGAGCCUCCAGCUUAUCGGUCAGGGGCAUCGGAGUGCAAAGGAGAAUGAACCCGACCUGGCAGCCAUCGCUCAGAGGGAGGAGGAAAAUCACACCAAAGCAGAGGAGCGUUACCGAGAAGCCCUGAAGGAGCUUAAAUCCCAGAGGCUUAAAAACCACGAGAGGCAAAACCAAUCCAUCAAUGCCAGGAAGAAGGCACUGCAGGCAGAAAAAGAAAGAUCUGCAAAAGUGUCCAGCCUCCCACCACCUCCCCCAAACCCCAUUCAGAAUAUCAAUCCCAAGAAGCCACAUGUAGUAAAGAGAUCUGACGUGAGCGCCUUCGCUGCCACACAUUACCACAUGCCAGACAGUGCAGUGGACAGAGAGGUGGACACAGAACAGCCGAAUGCCCAUGAAGAAGCUGAGCUGGAGGUGAAGAGACUGCACGACUUACAGAGGGAGGAAAAGAGGAAGCGGGAGGAGCAGCUGGAGAAGGCUCGACUCAGGGGCAGGGAGGCUCUGAGGAGGGAACAGCUUGUGCAGGAUCGUGAGCGUCUGCUGGUCGAACUGGAACACAUGCAGCAGACAGACCUGCUGCGGAGGAGACAGCAGGUGUCACAGAUGCCUCCUCAGAUCUUCCAGCCUCUCUACAAGAGGCAGGAGAUGAGGGAGGACUUCCAGAGGGAGAUGGAGUUUGCCUUUGAGGACAUGUACACCGGAGAGAGGAGGGUUAAAGGUGACCUGGUGGUCCGGCUGGUGCCUGAACCUCUUCCAGCUCCGUCUACAGGCAGCCAGGACCAGGAGCUGGAUGUUACGCUGGAUGAAACAACCACAGCUGAAACAGAAAAUACGCAACAUGACACUGAGCAAGACGUUGGAAGCACCGAGCAGGAAACAUCUGCUGAAGUGGAGCCGUCCAGACCUGCUCCUCGACGGGCGUUGAAGAAGCUCCUGGAUCGCAUCAGGAGUCAGAGGAACCAGUGGACCAACAGCAGCACAGUCCCCAUCGCUGAUUCACCGACCGACAUCUCAGACCAGAUCCCAGAGAGAGACACAUCCAUCGAAACAGGAUCUCUGACCGCCGAGGAGAGACACAAACCUACGGAGCCCCGUGAGCCUGUCCUCGCUCCACCAGCUGCAGCAGAUACUUCACUUCCUGAUGCUUUGGCCGACAGAAUCCAAGAAUUUGAAGAAGAACGAAAGAAAAGGGAAGAGGAGCUUGAGAGGGAGAAGCAGCAGCAGGUUGUUUUGCUGCAGGAGUUGGAAGACCAGAAGGCCAAACUGGAGCAGAUGCUGCUUGAAGCUCAGCAGGAAAGAGAAGAUCUGAAGGCUGCUGUGAACCAGGAAGAACCCGUUUACCAACCAGAAGUACCUGUACAGGACGAGGAGGUCAGCUCUGUCAGCGCUGGUGUAGCUGCUGAGCUGCUCCCUCCUGCAGGUGACGAUGACCACACCAGAAGGAUCAGAGAAUACCAGCAGCGGCUGUUGGAACAAAACAGAAUUCACCAGAGGUCAGUGGAAGUUGCUCGCCAGCGCCUGGAGGAAUACCAGCGAGCUCUACGACUCCGUUACAACACGACCACCGCAUCGCUUCAGCUUCCCGUCGCACCUCCAGGUCUUGUUCAUCCACCUCUUCACAGUGCUUCACCUGUACAUCCCCCAGCUCCUCCACAAAUCCCUGCAGCUCCCGCAUACAUUCAUGAUAAACCACAAACCUCUCUGGAGGCUAACAGAAGAGAGCCUGACAUGUCUGCUUCCCAUCUCCACCGCCCUGGUUCCAGUUUGAGCGUCGGCUCCAAGUUGCUGCCGGUUGAAGUGGAGCCAUUUAGUCACAGGAAGCAGAGACCAGAAGUCACUGCCUGGCUAACUGACAACAUAAUGGAGAGAGUAACGGAGCACCUUCCAGAGAGACUGAAUCCCCCCUCAGUGACCAAUGAGCCUUUUAAACUCUUCACAACACGUCUGCCAACCAGCAUCCCACUCCAGCCAGCCUCUGAUCCCAUUCAAACCGUUAACCCGAGCAUCAGAGACUGUGCAUCUCCGGUUUCAGGCCCAGCAGCGGUUCAGCGUGGCUCUUUAGCACAGAUCUCCCAGCAGACUGAGGACGACGUGGAGACGCAGAGACGAGAGCUGCAGGAAGUCCAGAGGCGGGUGUUGAAGCAGAGGGAGGCAGUGAUGCUGCAGCAGAAACAGCAAGAAGAGGAGAGGCAGCGCCACCAAGUGGAGAUGGAGCAGAUGAGGAGACAGAAGGAGGCGCUGCAGGCUCUGAUUCAAACCGAUGAUGAACCAGUUUCAGAAGCCGCCAGUGACGAGUUGGUUUCAGAGAACAUCCAUCAGAGUCGCCUCAGGUUACUUGUGUCCCUGCUGAGAGCGAUAGAAGAGUCCAACGGAGGAACUUUAUCACACCUGGAAGAUUCUCAGGAGAAAGAAGAGUCUCCUCAACAGCUGCCAUCUGACGGUGGUGAGACAGCUCCCACUGCUCAGAUCAGUGCUCCGGCUCUACCCGUCCCAGCUUCAGCCUUCCCUUCAGGACUCCUCCAUCCUCCUCGAGCAGCGAAGCCGCCGGUCACUCGGGUCCGACUGGGCUUCAUAGACAUGAUGACGGAACAACAUGAGCUCAGUGCCAUCCAGGAGGUGGAGAGUCCAGUCGACACCAGCCAAGUCGCAGGUCUGGAGGAUAGCGUGGCGGCUCCGUCACAGGCUGCCGGCUGGAACCUGCAGCAGGAAUCAGAAACGCAUUUGGUGUCUGACAGAACUCUGCAGACGUCUUCUGUGUCCAGCAGGAAACACCAGACUGCUGACACACCGACCAGCUCAGGCAGAUCCAACCGUCUCAUGUGGAGAGACCGGCUGCUGAUGGAGGCAGGGACAUCUCCAGAAUCCUCAGACUCUGAUUCGGUCCUGAGAAUAAUGUCGCCGCUUUCCUCUGACUCUGGACGAGGAGCUGACGUCUCCGGUGCUGCGGUCACCAGCUACAGAUCUCCAGCUGAGUCUCCACGUCGGCCUCCUGAGUCCGACUGCUUCUCCUCCACCACCAUCUCCACCGGCAGCUACGUCACCACCGACCCCGAGCAAAACGCAGACACUGAUAAAUCUCCGUCUCUCAAACCUGCUGCAGAACAACGAAGUGACGUCUGGUCUCCAUCCAGUCAAAGUGUGAAGGAAAGUCCUGCUGCAGGUUCUCCUGCUCUGGAUGGAGACUCUGUGUUCGACGACGGCAGCAUCCAGCGUAUCAUAGACCGAUACAUGAAGGAGCUGAACAUCUCCCUCAGCACUGCAGGCAGAACCACAGACAGUGAAGGCUCAUAUGUGGAGGAAGCUGGUUCUUCAGUUUCUCAGCCGUCUUUGGUUCGAGUCUCGGGAUGGGAGGAUGGAAGCUCUACGAGUCGACAGUUUCUGCCCUCAGACACUGCAGGAGCUCAGAGCAGCAACCUGGUAGGUGAAAGAAGUCAUGUGGCUCUCGGUGUCCAAACCGAGGUCAGCGAACCUUCAUAUCUGACGCUGCCUCCAGAAGCCUCAUCACUCGGCUCCUCUGAUCCAUCGGCCCAGACACAGCAGGACCCAACUGGUCCGGCGGAUCUGGGCUCACAGAGGGCCGAAGCGUUCCACGGCUCAGAUUCUUUCCACCCACUGCUGCCUGAGGUCACCCACAACGAAACAGCCGACCCCUCCAUGACCUUUCACCUGCCUGAACACGGCCUGCCUUCUUCUCCUGCCAUCGGAGAACGCAGCGUUUCCAGCCGUUCUGCAGAGUCUGAACCUCAUGCUGAUCUUUCUGUCGAGUCCGAACCGUCACCGGAGCGCCUUCGGUCGGACGAGCCGACCGGCUACCCGACUGCGUCUCCUGCUUUACAUGAAUCCUUCUCCCAGCUUGUUACCUCCCAGUUUCAGCCCCACGAAUCCGUCCUCGCAGUGUCUCCCACCGCGACGGCAGAUGUGCAGCAAACGGCUCAGAUUCUGUCAGAUAUAGCCGUGUGUGAUGAUCCAUGUGAUCCGAGCCUGUCGCCACCACAUGUGGAGAUUUCUAAAUGGCCUGAAGAUUCAGUUUCAACCAGUGAGCUGAUGUCUGAGCAGAGUUCUCACCUGAAGGAUGCCAUUUCUGAUAAGAUAUUGGAAGCUGCCAAAGAGAAGGGCAUCCUGGAGCAGUCGGAGAUAACGCUAGUGAGCCUGACCGACCAGGACGCCACCGUCACAGAGGAAGACUGGCUGACGGAGGACGGACAGGAAGGCCAAGAGACCGAGGGGUCAGAAGCUACGUUGCUGCCAGAGGACGACCGUCAGAUGCAUCCAGUGACAACCCUUGAGUUUCAGUGGGGUCCAAGCAGAACCCUGCAGAACGUCCACCAGCAGAAACUCCAAGCUCUGCUGCAGAGAUCCAACCGCAGGGUGGAAGAAAUCAAGGCCAAAGGGGCUCAUGCCAAGACUCAACCAGAUGUCAAAGCUGCAUCUGAAGGCAGAGAAGAGCCUGAGGCAGAUAAAGCUCAACCGGCCGCCUGGAAAGCAAAAUCCAAGCCAGACCCUCGGCUCAAAACCGGCAUCAUGUCAAAAGGAGGACCGGCUGUGCUCCAGACUGAAGAGAAAUCUGGCUUCAUCAAGCAGAAAAAGCCCCAGCUUCCCUCGUCAGUCAGCGAUUCUGCACCGAAAAAGGUGGACGAUGUGAAGAUCUGCACACCGGAGCAAAGAAAACGCAACCUUACCGAGAUGCACCAGAGAACUCAGAGUUUUUACCAUGAAGGAGGUUGA